AUGAUUAGAGUGGAUAACGAUGUGACUCCAAAUUUUUAACCUUAAAAAAGCAUUUUGAAAUAGAUGGAGGAGACUAUGAUGGUAUUAUAAAGGCCAAAACCUCUUCAUGCUCCUAUCAUUUAACAAGAAGAGUUUUCAUAAUAAUCAAUGUUACUUAAAGAAAUUGAUUUUUUUUGUCAAAAACUCACUACUGUAAAAAAAACAAAACCUAAAGUUGAAGAUGUGUCAACAAAAUAAUUUACAUGUUCAACACCAGAAAUUUAAUAGUUAAAAAUGUUAGUUGAACCAGAUGAAAUGGAUGAGCAAUAACAUUAAGUUAAGUUUGCAGAUUAUGAAUAAUAAGAAUUAGAAAAGGUACGUACAAUUCCAAAUGAAACAACAUUUUAAAAACGAACAGGUAUUGUAAAGCAAAAAAUAUAACCAAAAUUAACAAUAAAAAAAUUAGAAUUUGAAUUAGAAAAUCCACUUUCUUGGAUUCCAGUCAAAAUUGAAAAAAAAUUAGAGUAAGAAUUAAAAUUGAAUCUAAAUCUAUGUAUUUAUUGGCCAGAAGAAGAAUUAGCUAAUUUACAAACAGAAAAUAUAAAUAUUUUAUCCUUAAUUGAAAGUAUGAAGUAUAUCAAUUAUUUCAAUCAUUCAAUCAAAUAAAAGAAUAAUAAUAAUUUCCAAGAUUUCACUAUUCUUAAUAUCUAAUUCUUAUAGAAAUUAAAAAUAUACAGUAUAAUAUUAUGUUUAAAUUACAUAUAUCCUAUUAGAGAACUCUGCAUAAGAGCUAAUGAUAUAAAAAAAGAAUUAUUAAGUGAUUCACUUUAUGAAAGAAAGAAAAAUAUGUUAUUAUUGGAAUAAAAACGAAUUCUUAAAAAAAUCUUUUUAAGAUAUAUGCUCUUGAGAGUUAAAUAUAAAGGUGCAAUAAAUAAAAUGCUUAAUGAUGUAAUUUAGAUAAGACAAAAAAUUAAAUAAAAACAAUUCUUUUAAAAACUAUAUUAAUACUCUUAAAGGAACAAAUAAAAAAAUGAAUUCUAUGAGUUAGUUCAUGAUCAUAUGAGGGUAAGAUCUUUGAAUACUAUUUUUUAAAAUUGGAGAAUGUUUCAUUAAUGUUUAGUUAGAUAAAAAUAAAUGACAGAAUGCAUUAAAAAAAUAAUUAUAAAAUAAUCUUUAUAAUAAUGGAAAGAAAUUACUAAAAGUAUUAUUUAAUAAGAACAAAUACAAAAAUAAAUAUAAAUGGAAUAAAGAUAAAAAGAAUAGGCUAUAGAAUAUAUAAAUGAAGAGAGUGAUGAGGAUGAUAAUAAAGUACUUUCUUAAUUUUUAACUGAUGAAAAACCAAGAAAUAUGUAUGAAGGACCUAAUUGUUUAAAUGACUUAUAUACAUUUUAUGAAAGAGAAGUUUAAGCAAAAAAAAUCAAAGUCAUAAUAUUUGAACUCAAAGAGGAUUUAAAAUUAUGUCCCAAUUUAAUGUAAAAAGUGUUCAUAAAAUGGAAAAUAGCAUUUUUGUAAAGACAUAGACAUAAAGAAUUUAUCGAAAUAAUGAAAUUAAAAAAAAUAUAGAAAAUAUUUUAGUUUUGGAAAAAUGAUAAAGAAUAUCACUCAUUUUAUAAAAGUUUAUUGAAAAGGAAAGGUUUAGAAGGAUUCAGAUAUAAUUAAUUAACUAUUAAAUAAUAGAAAUUAUAAGAUUAAUUAAAGAUAAUUACUUUAAAAUAGUAAAGAUAAUAAAUAGAAGAAAUGGCAAAAGAAGUUUACAAUAAUAAUAUUAAAAAAAAAGCAUUUUUAGCAUGGAAAUAUAUAAAAAAAAAUGAUAAUAUAUAAGCAUUAUGGUAAUCACUUUCAGAUUAAAAAUUAAAGCAAGAUUUUUAGAUAGUUUAACUCAAAUAUGAUAUAAUUUAAAAGAAAAGAAAAAUUAAGUAUUUUAAAAAAUGGGUUGUAAAUUUUAUUAAAAGUCGAAGAUCGAUAAAAAAUCUAUAAUAAUGUGAGGUGACUGCAAAAGAGAAAGCAAUUGAAAGUUUAAUAAGAAUUGCAUUUGAUACAUCUAUGAAAACUUAGUUUAAAUGGUUAGAAUACUAUAAAGAUAAUUGA